AUGGCUGGAUCAGGGAAGAGAGCCAUGCCUGAUAGGAAAUCCGUUCAGCCUGCUAAGAAGAGAAAGGGAGGUGGCCAAUGGCAGAAACACCAACAAGGCAAUAAGUCGGGCAUUGAGGGAGGCGACUGGGGAGUCUUCGUGUCGUGCGACUUGGGAAAGGAAGGAAAGUGUAUGGCAGAGGUAGUGGACGUUUUCUCGCAGAGUGUGGAGUCGUCCAGCAGUGACAGUCAUGGAGACAAGCCCGACUCGGAUGAGGAGGAUGAGGAUGAUGACAUCGAGGCCCUGAUCAGAAAAGAGGUCGAAGGACUGAAGCCCAGUGCGAGCAAGUCGCGCCCGUUUCAUGCCAUCAGAAUGGAUUUGCCGUGUCUGUUGUUUGUGCGAUUUGACAAAUCCAUCAAUCCAGAGGAAAUGGUACAUAAACUUUGCUUAGACGCAGCUGCCAACCCUGAAAAGAAGCGAUCUCGAUACAUCCAACGCAUGACACCUGCAAUUUCCGUUCGCAAAACUCUCAGUGUCGACCUGGAGUCUUUUGCACGGGAAGUCCUCAAACCGCAUUUCCAUUCCGGGGGGCCUCCCAAGAAGUACGCAAUUCGGCCUGUUGUGCGAAGCAACAAGAAGUUCAAUCGCGACAUAGUCAUCAAGACUGUUGCAGAUGUCGUGGGGCCCGAGCAUCCUGUUGAUCUCAAGAACUAUGACUUGAUCAUCCUCGUCACCGUUAUCCAGAAUGUCAUUGGCAUGAGUGUUGCCGGAAGCGACUACGAUCGGUUAAAGAAGUAUAACCUGGCCGAGUUAUACAGUCCAGCAGCUACGUCAGAGGCAGAGGCCGCUGAAUCUACGAAGGACUAA